AUGCCCCUCGACCUGAGUGCCUUUGCCGAUGUGAUCAGGCAUCCAAUUUAUAUCGAUCGCGACGUGCUUGAGAAACAUGCAAGUAUCUUUGCGUCGUAUGCAGGCAAGAAGGCUCUUGUGGUCACAGGAAGUACUUCAUCCCAGGCAAACCACUCGUUGAGCAAGCUAAAGGACAUAUUAGCCAGCCACGAGAUCGAAAGUUAUCUUUUCAAUGAGGUUGAGCCGAACCCUAGUACAGUGACCGUCACAAAGGCAGCCAGACAGGUGUCUGGUAAGCAGGUGGACUUUGUCAUUGGGCUGGGAGGGGGCUCCGCUAUGGAUGCGGCAAAAGCCAUUGCUGUAUAUCUAGUCAACAAGGAGGGCAUCAAGGUGGCAAUCUCUGAGUCACCAAAGGAUGUGAUAUGCAUUAGCACGGCAGCAGGCACAGCCUCUGAAGUAACGCCCUAUGCCAUUUUGACCGACCACAUUAAGCAAACUAAAAUCAGCAUUCCUAACCUCGUAUUUCCGAAGAUCUCGCUGGUCGACCCUUGCUAUCAACUGUAUCUGCCGACAUCUCAAACGCUUAGCAUGUUCCUGGACAUCCUGUGUCAUGCAGUUGAAUCUAUGCUUACGGUUAAAACAACUGAGCUCUCUGUUAAAGCAUCUGUUGAGAGCCUUAAGCAUCUUCAGAUCUGCUGGCAUUUCUACUUGAAGCCGGCGAUCAUGAAGACAACAUUUACGGACUUAACAGACCCGGAGAUGACAGAGUUUCGCGAUGAGAUGACGCUUGCCUCUUGCUACGCUGGUAUAGCCAUUACAAUUGGAGGCACCUCCAUUGCACACGGUCUUUCGUACAAGAUAACCUAUUUCAAGGGUGUUCCACACGGGAAGGCCUGUGCCAUCUUCUUGAUAGCGUAUCUGAAUAUAUGUAAGCAGCACUCGGAGACACAUGACGAUCAGCGCUUCGAAAAGACGCUAGAGAAGAUUCUUUCUGCAUUCCAAAUGGACAGUUAUGAGGAGUUCAAAGAUAUGGUUGAGCAGGUCAUUUGCGCAGAUGUGGAGGGUCGCCGCACUCUUUAUGACGAGGAAGAAGUAAUGGACUAUGCAAUUUCUCUAUUUGCAAGCGGAAAGAAUAAGAUGCACCCCUGGCCGAUAACAGUGCCCGAAGUUGUUGGAAUUAUUCGCCAGUCCUGCUACGACACUCUUCCUCUAGCUGAUGGGGAAGGUGGAGAAUCACAGUAA